AUGGACCAAGAACCCAAGGCUGCCCAGCUGGAGCGCGUCAAGGCGGCCAAGGCGGCCAGAGCGGAUGCCACGCAGCGCGGCCGAUCCCACGCCGCCGGCGCCCCCAGCACCAAGACGGCCAAGAAUCCCAAGAGGCGGCGCAAAGUCAAUCACGCUUGCGUGUAUUGUCGAAGAUCUCACAUGACCUGCGAUCUCGAGCGACCAUGUACCAGGUGUAUCAAACGUAACAUUGGACAUCUCUGCCACGACGAACCCCGUGAUGCCGACACCAAGAAGCUGAAGAAUGGCAAGGCUCCUUCUUCCCCCGUCCAGGAGCCAGAAGACGCGCCGUCACAAGCACCGUCGGAUGCCGCCCGUAGUUCGAUAUCGAGCACCAUGGGCCCACCGCCUGUCGAGGGCAUGCGACAGCGUCCUGCGCCUGGCUUGAGGGCUGGCGGCGUUCUGGGCCAGGCAAACGUCAUGCCGCUGGUCACACCAAGUUCCGACCCAGGCGUGCAGGCAACCGGUCUGAAUAACCGUGGCACGGGUAAUGCGAAUCAAUUCUCUGGCAUCUCUGAUGCCUGGCUCACAGCGCACAAUUUCAACAACAUGAGCUCGUACAAUCCAAACUACAUGAUUGCUCCACACGUGACACACGAGUUCAAUCUACUCAACGACCUGCUUCACCACGGCCUGUUAGACGACGGCAACGAAUCUCGGCAGCUCGUUGCGCUCGGACAGUCGGGUCCAUCCGACAUGUUGCCAGGCUUCGCAAGCAACGCCGACGUCUCCGCCAGGGCUGGCCGUCAGGGCCCUUUGAUGCCGCCUCCGCCGAAAGACGGCAAGGAGGGCAAGAGGAAGCUCAACUCGGCGUCGGAUAAGACGCGCGAGUACUACUUGCAAGCCGCCGAUCCGUCGGGCAACGACAAUGCCGAGGAGCGCAUGGCCCGGGUGCUGCACGCCAAGUAUGACGCGGGUUUACUGAGACCCUUCAACUACAUCAACGGAUACGCUCGCCUGGGCCAGUAUCUGGAUGGCCACAUUGCGGCCUCAUCCAAGCAGAAGAUACUCCGCACCAUCAACCAGUUCCGGCCCAAGUUUAGAGAAAAGGCCCAGGGGCUGACGGACAUGCAGCUCAUCAUUGUCGAGAUGUGGUUCGAGAAGCAGCUGAUGGACUAUGACCGCGUCUUUGCCUCCAUGGCGGUCCCGGCCUGCUGCUGGAGGAGGACAGGCGAGAUAUUCCGGGGCAACAAAGAGAUGGCCGAGCUCAUCAACGUCCGUGUCGACCAGCUCCGGGAUGGCAAAAUCGCCUUGCACGAGAUUCUCACCGAGGAGUCCAUGGUGCGGUAUUGGGAGGAGUUUGGCACCAUCGCCUUCGACCCGGCGCAUGACACGCUGCUGACGGCGUGCUCGUUGAAGAACCCGAGCGACACUUCCAAUCACCCAGUCAUAAAGUGUUGCUUCUCCUUUACGAUUCGUCGUGAUGAUCACAAAUUGCCGGCGUUGAUUGUGGGUAAUUUUCUACCUCAUGACCCCCCAGCGAACUAG